AUGGCACCUGGCUCAAUUGAUCCCGAGCCUCUGCCUUGGCAGUCAACGGUCGAACGCAAGAAACAACUGCAGCGUGAUCAUUUGUCCAAGGCUUUAUUGGAACUUGAGAAUAACAAAGGCUUACAGCUUGUCGAUAUCAACCAGCUUGCCGAUGCAGCCCAGAGUUUAAGCCUUGUAUCCAACGGGCAGCUGACAUGCAAAACCGUUGUGCAAGGGUUGAUUGGACGUUUAACGGAAGUUGCUUUCGAGGAUGCGCUACGACAGGCUGAAGUGCUUGAUGCUUACAUGGCAAGCAGCAAAAAGCCGAUCGGGCCCCUGCAUGGCUUGGUGAUUACUCUCAAGGACCAAUUUAACAUUAAAGGUUAUGAUAGCACCCUGGGCUACGUCGGACGAUCUUUCAAUCCCGCUACUGAGGAUGCCGUAUUGGUAAAGAUGCUAAAGUCACUGGGAGCUAUCGUUCUCGCCAAGUCAAACUUGCCACAGAGUAUCAUGUGGUGUGAGACGGAGAAUCCCCUCUGGGGGUUGACUACCAAUCCCAUGAAUAAGGAUUACACACCAGGUGGCUCUACAGGCGGAGAGGCUGUCCUGAUUUCUCGCGGUGCCUCUAUGCUUGGAUGGGGCACGGAUAUUGGUGGAAGUAUUCGCAUUCCAAGCCAUAUGAUGGGUCUAUAUGGAUUGAAGCCGAGCAGCACGAGGCUACCCUACCAAGGCGUCCCCGUUUCCACAGAGGGACAGGAACAUGUUCCAUCCUCAAUUGGUCCGAUGGCACGAGACUUGGACAUGAUCAAACAUGCCAUGCACAGCUUGAUUGAGUCAAAGCCAUGGGAAUAUGAUGCACGCUGUGCACCGCUUCCUUGGCGGGGUCAUUUAUAUGAAGAAAUGCAUAGUAGACCACUUACUAUCGGUGUUCUUAUGGACGACGGGGUCGUUCGACCACAUCCACCGAUAACACGAGUAAUGCGAGAUGCAGUUGAGGCUUUGAAGCAUGAGGGUCAUGAGAUUGUGGAAUGGAACACCGAACUCCACGAGCAGUGUAUAAGAACUAUGGAUAUGUUUUAUACCGCUGAUGGUGGUGAAGAUAUCCGCCAAGACAUAUCAAAGGCUGGAGAGCCAUUCAUCCCUCAUGUCCAGCGACUUGUGAAUAAAGGCAAAGCAAUUUCGGUAUACGAAUAUUGGAAACUCAACAAGAAGAAGUGGGAUCUCCAACAAGGAUAUCUGGAGAAGUGGAACUCCAUCCAGUCUGCCACUGGCAGAAAGGCUGACGUGAUUCUCAUGCCCGUUAUGCCGCAUACCGCUGUCCGGCACGGUGGAUGCGGCUGGGUUGGGUAUACAAAGGUCUGGAAUGUUCUUGACUAUACCGCGAUGGUGAUCCCUGGCGGAACGAUACAGUCAGAGGAUGUUGACGCAUCAUUCUCAUAUCCUGCUAGGGGUCCUGAAGAUGAAUGGAACCAGGGACUUUGGAACAAGGACAAAGGCGAGAUGGCUGCGAUGAAUCUCCCAGUCGGGCUGCAGAUCGUCGGACGGAAGCUCGAGGAGGAGAAAGUGCUUGGGGCUGCUGAGGUAAUCGAUCGCGUUGUGAAAAAGAUAUUAAAGUAG